UUCUUUUGUAAUUAAAAAAAUCAAACACUUUCUUCUUCCUAAUCACCAGUACACUGUAACAGUAGUCAACAGUCCACAUAAGAAGACCAAAUUUUACUCUCCCACUUCAAAAAAAAAAAACACAAAUCUGCAGCUCAAAAUUCAGGCGCCACCACCUGAAACCGCGCCAUGGGCUGCACAGCGUCCAAACUCGACAACGAGGACACAGUUCGGCGGUGCAAGGACCGGCGCCGCCUCAUCAAAGAAGCCGUCUACGCUCGCCACCAUCUAGCUGCUGCUCACGCCGAUUACUGCCGCUCCCUUCGUAUCACCGGCUCAGCUCUUUGCUCUUUCGCCGCCGGCGAGCCUCUUGCCGUCUCUGAACAAACUCCAGCCGUUUUUCUCAACUCAAACUCAAACCCUUACCAUCCUCCUCCUCCACUUUCAUUCACCAAUAGUAUACCUCCACGUGUUGCUCCAUCUCCGUCGCCUUCUCUUCAUCCACCGCCACCUCCGCCGGCAUUUCCGUCUCCUUCUCCGUUUCCUCCUAAGCUACCUCAUAUCCUCUCUUCUUCGAGCAUUAACUCGGUGUCUAAAACCAACCGGCGCCGGAAACCGCCGAAGCUGAAGCUGCCUCACAUAUUAUCCGAGUCCAGCAUGGCAUCAUCUCCGAGAUUUAACUACGGCAAUCCAACAGCAUAUCAGGCAAAUUCUAAUUACUCAAGUACUCCGUCGCAAGCUUCAUCUGUUUGGAACUGGGAGAAUUUUUACCCUCCGUCACCUCCCGACUCCGAAUUCUUCGACGGUAAAGCUGAAACUCAAAAUAAAAAUCAAAAUUACCACCACCAACACGGCCGCCGGCAGCAGCAUCACUUAGACACUGAUGACGUGGACGACGAAGACGAAAUGGAAACUGAAACGGAAACGGAAAAAUCCGAAUACGAUUUUUUUCAGGUACAGAACAAGAAAAAUAAUAGCAGCUUAAAUGCCAAACAGCAGCAGCAUAACAGUACGGUUGAUGAAGAAACGGAGCGAGAGGAAGUUCAAUGCAGUGAAUGGGAAGAUCACGAUCAUUAUAGUACGACGAGCUCGUCGGUAGAAGGAGACGACGAUGACGACGAUAGAGAGUCCAGAUCCGAGAUCGGAACCCGGUCGAAUUUCGGAUCAUCGGUUCGGGCGGAGUCGGUUAAAGAACGGGGAAACACGGCGAAAUUUGACGAGGCUGGUUCGUCUGCGAGUUUCAAAACUGGAGAGAUGUCUGAUAUGAAGAUGGUGGUUAGGCAUAGGGAUUUGAAAGAAAUUGUUGACGCUAUUAAGGAGAAUUUUGAUAAGGCUGCGGCAGCCGGAGAUCAGGUGUCGGAGAUGCUUGAGAUCGGUAGGGCUCAGCUGGAUCGCAGUUUCCGGCAGUUGAAGAAGACGGUUUAUCAUUCAACAAGCAUGUUGAGCAAUAUAAGCUCCAGUUGGACGUCAAAACCGCCGUUGGCCGUUAAAUAUCGGCUGGAUACCGGUUCGCUCAAUGAACCGGGUGGCCACACAAGUCUUUGCUCCACCAUGGAACGGUUGUUGGCUUGGGAGAAGAAACUCUAUGAGGAAGUCAAGGCCAGAGAGGGUGUAAAGAUUGCGCAUGAGAAGAAGCUGUCAACGCUCCAGAGUCAAGAGUACAAAGGAGAAGACGAAGCAAAGGUAGAUAAGACCAAAGCUGCAAUACAGAGGCUGCAGUCUUUAAUUAUUGUUACUUCUCAGGCCGUUUCUACCACCUCAACUGCCAUCACUGGUGUCAGGGACACUGAUCUUGUCCCUCAGUUGGUUGAACUCUGUCACGGAUUUAUGUACAUGUGGAGAUCAAUGAACCAGUACCAUGAAGUUCAGAACAACAUUGUGCAGCAAGUUCGUGGCCUUGUGAACCGAUCUGCCAAGGGUGACUUGACUUCUGAACUACACAAGCAAGCCACUCGUGAUCUUGAGUCAGCUGUUUCCGCAUGGCAUUCCAGUUUCUGCCGCCUAAUAAAAUUCCAGCGAGACUUUAUCCAUUCUGUACAUGGCUGGUUCAAGCUUACCCUUUUUCCAGUCAGCAACGACAAUGUGAAUGGAAAUGUGGAACACUCGGAUGUAUAUGCUUUCUGUGAUGAGUGGAAGCUUGCUCUUGAUCGAGUCCCUGAUACAGUUGCUUCUGAAGCUAUCAAGAGCUUUAUCAAUGUCGUUCAUGUAAUAUCUAUAAAACAAUCCGAAGAGCUGAAAAUUAAAAAGCAAACAGAAACAGCUUCAAAGGAGCUGGAGAAGAAGGCUUCUUCUCUACGAAAUAUCGAAAGGAAGUAUUAUCACUCAUAUUCCAUGGUUGGUAUUGGGCUCCCUGAUACCGGACCCGACAAUGGACAGGCAUUGGAUGCUCGAGACCCAUUGGCCGAAAAGAAAUCAGAGCUUGCGGCAUGCCAGAGGCGUGUGGAAGAUGAGAUGGUGAGGCAUGCCAAAGCAGUGGAAGUAACAAGAGCAAUGACACUGAAUAAUCUUCAGACAGGGUUGCCUGGGGUUUUCCAGGCAUUAACGAGCUUUUCUUCGUUGUUUACGGAGGCACUCGAGUCAGUAUGCAAUCGUUCGUAUGCCAUAAAAUAGGUAUACGUAAUUAUUUUUACUUUGGAUUUUUGAGAAAUUCAUGAGAGCUGCCUGGGAAAUUUUUUUGGCUGUGGCCUCUUGUGAGAAUUAUCAUUAUUUUUUGGGGGAAUUUUGAUAUGUAAAUAUGUGAACCCUUUUUGCGGUUUUGGUAAUAUUUUUUUCAAAUGUGAAAGGGAGAGGGAAAUGUCUUGUGUAUAGGAUCAUUUUCUGUGGCAUAUAAAUGAAUAAGUUAUAAUA